CAACACUCUCCGUCGUCGAGGCAAUUGGAUCAUAACCAAAACAUUCACCGACGUUCCCAUAUUUUACGGAAGAUCAGUUUUUACCUGAAAACUCAGGAUGCCUCCCCCAAAGCUGAAACUGUACAAAACCGGUAAACCGCAAGCACUGAGUAAACCGCCGACAAUCACAGCGCAGUCUCAAGCAACCGGCCCCACCACAUCGAAUACAAUAAGUGACCUGGAUAGUGAAAAUGUGCGACAGUUUGAAUUGGAAUUGGCCUGGUGUAUACAAACGAUGGAAAGUUCUUUGAACGGGGGAAAACUGAAUGGCAGUCAAGUGCAAGAUGCCACCAAAACGCUGAAACUGUUGAAGAGCUCCAACCAGUCGAUUAUACGGAAGAGACAACUGAUGCGUUCGUCUUUCGGUGAUUAUCGCGCAAAAAUGGCUGAGGAAGAGAAGAAGAUGCGAAUAGGUCGACGGCAGAUACAGUUCUCCAAUCAACCGAACUCGAAAUCGUUUUUUGUCAAACGGUCAGUCCUGUCGACAAUCGGUAAAGACAAAGACUUCAAGUUUGAUUUUCCGGCUACGACGGUUACAACCGAACAGCUCAUCGAAAAUAUGAAUUUGAACGAAACGAACGAGAAAAGUGAAUCGCUGCCACAAAGCAAUGGUAUCGCCUACACGACCAGCGGCAAUUCGUUUCGGUUCAAUUUUGACGUUGUGGAGGAGACGUAGGAAUACACCGAAUAGUCUUUUGUACCAAGUU